UAUUUUUGAAAGUUAACAGGGUUUGUAUAGUUGGCCGAGUUGUUUUUGUCAGAGAUAAAAUCGUAGCGCUUCUAGCUUUUAGUAGAUCAAAAGGAAGCCUACACGGUUCUCCAUGGAGCAAGAAUCACAGGAAACCGCGUGCCCUGACAACAACAUGUCGGACUUCGUUGUGAUAGAUACUUCUGAUGUUAAAACCGAACUCGACGUGGGAAACGGCAUUUCUGAAGUAGGACGUGGGGCGUCGGACAUAACACAAGCCCUGUUUCAGGAAGAAGGCGAUUACAGUGACAGCGAUGAUGAUGAUGACGACAGUGGCACAGACAACUUUAACACUGAAAAAUCAGGGACCCAGCUGCAGAGAUUUGAGCGACAUGGGGGAGAGAGUUCAAGUCUUCCUGACACAUUCCAGACCAGUCACCUGCUCUUCUAUGAAAGGUUCAAGGUGUACCAGGACUACAUGCUUGGGGACUGUAAACCCUCAGAGGUGAUGGGUUUCAUCACAGACUACCUGGAAAAGGUGUUGGACCCGUGUGACUGGUCAGCUCUGUGGUCCACGGAUGUCUUUGAUGUUCUGGUGGAGGUGCAAAAUGUGGACCUAAAGAAUCUCAAAGCAUGUGUGAGGCUAGUGCUGCCUCUGCAGUGUGUCACCAGAGACUGUGAAUUUACUGAAGAAACCAUGAAAUCUCUGCUGGAGGCCACUCAGCACAAAGUUCCCCUGCAGGAACUACAGGUGACCUACGACGAGUCUGGAGAUUUAGAUCAGACGGCCCUCGCCAUCGAACACCUCAGGUUUUUCUAUAAGCACAUCUGGAGGGAAUGGGAUGAGGAAGAUGAAGAUGAUGACUAUGACUACUUUGUUCGUUGUGUGGAGCCUCGUCUCAGACUUUACUACGACAUUUUAGAGGACAGAGUCCCCUCGGGCCUCGUGGCAGAGUACCAGUCUUUAUUGGAGAACUGCUCCCAGUGCUUCCAGCAGUUCUCUGUGCUUCGAAGUGGCCUCAGCACUGACUCAGAUUCUGAGCUGGACAACGUAUCCAUGGUGGAGGGUCUGAAGCUCUAUGACCAGCUAGAGACAUUCAAGCGCAAGCUACACAUCAUUGAGAACCCCCUGUUGAGGUAUGUGCUGGCCUACAGAGGAAACAUCAAACAGCAGUUUGUACAGAGUCGUGGCCUCAGACCAACGGGCAUGAAAGUGGUUCAUGUAGUCACAGCUUCCUGCAGCACCGUCCAGCUCCAGUCCCUCCUCAGUGCCAGACUGAUACCACUGUGUUCCUCUGGUGACACUGAGAUCCAGUUCCACAGAGACCCAGUAUCAGCAGUGGAUUUGUGCCAUCAGGGCGAUGUGGUGAUUGUUCUUCCAGGAAUCUACAGCAUCAGCAACUCCAUCUUCAUACCAGAUUCAAUCACUAUUGAAGGCUUUGGGUUUCCUGAUGAAGUGGUGAUUGAGAAGAAAAACAAAGGUGACUCAUUUGUGGAGUCAACAGGAGCUGAUGUCAGACUGUCCAACAUCAAGUUCAUCCAACAUGACACUAUAGAAGGCAUUCUGUGUGUGCGCCAGGGCACCGUGAACAUGGAGAACUGCGUGCUGCAGUGUGCCACCACUGGCGUUAUUGUUCGAACGUCUGCCCGUCUCACCAUGAACAUGUGUGACCUGUACGGCUCCAAGGGUGCAGGUUUGGAGAUUUACCCUGGAAGUGUUUGCAGUCUGGUUGGUAACGGUAUCCAUCACUGCAAGGACGGGAUACUCAUCAAGGACUUUGCUGAUGAGCUGGAUGUAAUGCCUUCAAUCACAAUGGAGAACAAUAUGAUCUAUAACAAUGAAGGCUAUGGGGUGAUUCUAGUGAAGCCAAACAAUGGGGAACAACCACACAGUAUUCCUGAGGAUAAGACAGAAGAAGAUCCUACUGCUAACGCGGCUGGAGACAAACCACAAGAUGGCUCAGACCUUAACUCCAUCUCCACAUCAACAACCACCUCAUCCAUCAGCAGCUCAGGUGCUCCUCAGCCCAGUAACAGCACAGAGGGUGAAGUGUCCUCCACUGCAGGCAGGAAGUGGCAGUUUAAUCGACAGCUGAGCAGAAACAAGGAGACGUCCUGUAGCCGAGCAGUUCAAGAUCUAAUGGAUCACCAGAUCUUUGUCUCCAUUCAGGGAAACCAGUUCAAACGCAAUUGCAUGGGUGAUUUUGGCACAUUUUUCUACUGAUCAGCAUAACUUUUAAGUUACAAUUGAGUAUUUCUGCACAGUAACAUUUUAAUAAUGGUUGAAUAAUCUCGUCUGUCAUAUUGGCAAUUCAUACCCAUCACAGAGCUGUGCAGUGAUAACACACCAUGUGUCAUGUAUACAGUAAUAGGUUGUCAUUACUGUUGUUUUUCUUGUUUUGUUUUUUCCAAUAAGCACUUUCACCAAAUUGAUUCCCACUUUUGAUCUUGCACAAAUGCUUUUAUUUUAUUUAUUCCUUUGGGCGACCGAUUCCAGUUUAAAAAUAUUAGUUUGGUGGUUAGUGUAAGUUAUCUUGAAGGUGGUGGAUUGUUGUAGAAGGAACAGUGUUAAUUAGUCUACAGUUUGUUUUAUAUCUUUUUCCACAUAGUUCCUCCAGAGAUUUUAGUGUGUAAGUGAUGAGUUCUGUGGUUGAGGGAAAUUUUCAGUCGUCAGGUUUGUCAUGUUCUGAAGCUAGAAGUCCCCGAAAAAUGAAGUGUAAUGUUAAUUGGAAACGGUGCAGAUUUCCUGCAGAUUAAAACGUCUUUUAAAAAAAAUAUAUGAUGUGUGCUGUGAUGCUCAGUGUUGGAAAUGUUUCUUUGAGAAGAGUUUCACA